AUGGCACCACUCAGAGGAGGAUCUAGAGGAGGUGGUAAAAGCUUCGGUGGUGGAGGAGGUCGCGGAGGAGGUCGUGGUGGAUCUAGAGGCGGUCGAGGAGGUUCCAGGGGAGGAAGAGGUGGUUUCAACAGUGGAAGAACUGGUUCAGCUGGUAGUUCACACGAUGCAGGCUAUAGCAAUGGAGGUGGCGACUACCAACAGAAUGGGUACUAUGAUCAACAACAACAACAACCACAACAAGGUUAUGAUCAAGCCCAAUAUCCUCCUGCUCAAGACCCUAACGGUGCUGCUCCUCCAGCUCAAGAAUACAACUAUGAUCAAUAUUAUCAACAACCACAACAGGGCGCUGAAUAUCAAUACGAUGCUAAUGGGAAUGCUUAUGCUCAACAACCAUAUUAUGACUAUUCACAACAACCUCCAGCUGAUGGACAAUAUGCUGAUUCAAAUGCUCCACCACCAGCUCAAGGUGCUGAAUAUGGUGAAUAUCCUCCACAAGAUCCAAACGUUGCCGCUGGUGCUUAUGGUACAGCUCCACCAGAUGCUACAGGUGCUGUUCCAGGUGCUGCUGCUCCAGGCGCUUAUCCUCCAACACAUGAAGAUCCAAACUUACAAGUUCCACCAUCUGCUAAUAAUCCAACAGGCGCUGCUCCACCAGGUUCAGCUCAAGGUUCGACAACUAUUAAUGGUGAUGUUAAUCAUAGUGCUUCUCCACAUACAGUUCCAGGUGGUGCUGAAGUUCCACCAACUACAGAUGGUCAUUUUUCAGGUCAAAACACUGAACAUGCUGCUAAUUUGAAUAAUCAAUUCCCUCCAGGUGCUGGUGUACCACCACUACCUCCAAGUGAAACACUUGUGGGAUCAGUAGCUGACUCUAUACCUCCAAAUGUUCUGGAUCAAACAGGAUGUUGGGUUGAUAGAAGAUAUCAUGAUGAAAUUGCUAAGAAACUUGAAACAUUAAAAGAAAAUUUUAGUCAACUUUCCAAAAAAUAUAAUGAUGCUAAAGAACAUAAAAAAUUAACUAAUGAAACUUUUGAAAGAAAAUAUAAAACAUUACAUGAUAAAUAUAAAAAAGUUAAUUUACAAUUGAAAAAAUCAUCAGAAAGAGCAUCUGUAUCAAUGACUGAUGGGGAAGGUGAAGCUGUUCAAGUUGAAGCUGAAAAUGUUCAAUAUAAAGAUAAAGAUGAUGUUAAAGCUACUACGGUAUUGAAUGCUACAAAGAGUGAACGUGAUUUCUAUAAAAGUAGAACUGAAACUUUAAGUAGUGAAAAUAAGAAACUUAUUAGUGAUAAAACUGAUUCAUUAAAUAAAGUACAAAAUUUGGAAGAAGAAUUAAAAGAAUUUAAAGAAAAAUAUAUUGCUCUAGAAACAGAAAAAGAAGCAUUAGAAGCUGAAUUAGAAUCUAUUAAUAAUAAUGAAGUUCCAAAAUCACCAGUAUUUGAUGCUGAUGGUGAUAAAGAAAUUGAUGGUUUAGGUUCUGAUAAAUCAUUAGCUGAAAGAAAAGAAUAUUAUAAGAAUAAAUAUUUGAAAUUAUUAGAAGAGAAAAACCAAGAACAACAAAACUUUUUACAAGUUAAUAAAAAACUUUUGGAAAAAUUUCUUUUCGUUGAAACUAAAGAAGGAAAAUAA